ACAAGACACAGUCAGUUACUGUAGGUGUUGAAGGCUAUACAAAGCUUCUGAAGUUCACACAGCCAGUGUCUCAGUCCAUUGGCACGUAGUGAGUUCAGCCACUUCCUCUGAUCAGAGUGAGGCAGGGGAAUAAGAACACGGCAACCAGAAAACAAGCAGAAGAGAAAGAGAGAAAGAAAAGGUUGUUUCUUCAGACAGACAGACACAGACGGAGAGACAAGGAGGGAAAGUCAUGGACAUACUGAGGAUGGGGGUCUUUGUGCUGUUUGUGCUCAUGCUGCCUGUUUCCUGUGAAGAUAUUUUAUUCACUGAGCCGAUCACAUGCUACUUCCUGGACGGGAUCUUGAUUAUUUAUUGCCUUGUUGUUACUGCAUGCUAUUUCAGAGAAAAGUUUUCCACCCGCCUUGAAGCUGUUGAAGUGUGUAUUCAACAGGAAAACAGUGCAGACAUUUACCAGGACCUUGAGAGACCAGUGGAUGCUGAUCCUUACCAGGUGCUUGAACCAACGAAAAGAAAGAAAAAAGCUGGCAGGAAAAAGAGAUCACAGCCGACCCAAGCUCUGGACAGGAACACGGUCCCUCGAGAACCUCUGAACCUCAGGGCCCCAGCUCCUCCUCUGUCCCCCCGCUGAUGUCCUGCAUGGCCUCCCAUGUCAACAGAGUGCAUUGCUGAUUAGUUUACUCAGCAGCUAAGCAGUUAGUCAAAGUUAUACAUCAAGCAAUAAUGCCAAAGGUUGUCUAGAUCCAGCUUCUCAUAAAUGCUGCUUUUCUCUGUUGUGACAGUAAAUUUGGGUGUUGGCCUGUUGCUUGGACAAAGAUUUUCGUUUCAUGAACCUUUUCACAUUGUUCUUUUUGUUUUCAUUGUUAGAUUUUAUAAACCAGAUGUUACAGAAAACAACAAAUUAAAUAAAAAACAAAUGCUAGCUCCGCUUUCAGCCUUUAGUUUCUUCAUCUUUGCAUUUUCACAGGUCAAUCAGCCACAUUUUACCAGAAAAUAGUCAACAGCAGCUGCGUGAGGCUGUGAUUAGGGACCAUGGUUGCUUACAUGUUAAUACUAACAAUGCUAUAGCAGGUAAUUUUACACACUGUCAUUUUAGCAUGUUGGCAUGUUAACGUUUGCCAAUUACCACUAAGCACAGCAGAAGCUGGCAGGAACUUCAUUAGGAUUUAGUUCAAAAUUAAAAUGUAGACCUUAUGGUGGCACUACGUGAAAACCCACUAGUGUAGCUAAAAAUUAGUGAAUGGAGUUUGUGGCUGAUCACACAGGUUUGCUUCACUGUAACUGAAUAUCAAUAAAAGACAAGGCACAUGUCAAAACACUUGGAAAAUGGUUUAAUGAUGUUUACAACAAAAAGAACUGUACAUUAACAGUAAAAGAUUAUCUUUAUAUGUGUAUAAAAACAAAACAAACAAAAAUACAGCAGACAAAUGCAUCAAAAUUUACUAUGUAUCCUGAUUCACAUACUUAAAACUCCUACACAAUCUUUCAGUUCUACGCCGCCGUGACUGGAGGCAGGUUUUUUUUUUUUGUUGUUUUGUUGUUUUUUUUUCCAUUUUGUGUUUUUCUUGUAGUCAGAUGAGAACAGUGUCCCUCAAGAGUUGUUGUCCUUGAUGGAAACCAGAACUCCUUACAUUAGAGUCCUGGGAAGACAAUUCAUAACAGACUGUAGAAUAAGAAAAAGGGAAAUAAAAUCUGGGACACAUUCCUUUAGAUGAGCCCAAGCUUCCAACGUGAGUAGUAAAUGUUUUACAGAAUGCUUUUCUUAAGAUACACAGACAUAAUAUGUACAUGGUUGGCAUUUUUUCCCCCCCUCUCAUUUUUCUCUGUUCUUGUAAGCCAUGGUCACUUGGGCUGUGAACUGAUAAUCACACACAACACACCCAAAAACAUACAAAAAUACUAUAUCUUUAACCUACCAAGAGUAAGACAGUUCUGCAAUUAGUUCCAUGCUGUGACAGAAAAAAGAGAUUACAACAAACAAACAAGAAACAGACGCUUUACACACAAGUUUUUCUCAGAAAUAUACCAAAAUAUACAUCUAAGCUUUGGAAUUACUGAGGCUAGGACUAAAGCCAGUGCUGGGUUUGUCUCUUAAUACACAUGCUGCAGGGUGGAAGGGAAAGGAAAGACAGCGAGAGAAAGACACAGGACAGAGAGAUAUCUUUGGUAUCUGCAUUUGUCAAAAGUUAAAUAUUUGGAUUUUUGCUUUGGGAUAGCGCUUGUGAGGUCCUGCAGCCUCACUUGGAGUAAAGCAUUAAACAAAGUGUCACUGAAGCCCAUCGGCCAGAGUUCUGAGCCGGAGGGACACAGUCCAUGCAGAGUGAAGGACCAUGAUGCAUAGUGUCACAGCUGAUCAGAGUCUGUAGUGAAGAGACGAUGUCAAAGGAGAGAGCAGAAGAUUGGGGGGGGGGGGGGCACAGCAGUGAGUUUUAUCGACCGCAGGAUGUGUAUUCCUGGAGACAACAGGGUUAAUGUCCUGGGACUAUACAGUGUACAGAUGAUGAGGAAGAGACAGACACACUGUGAGAGGCAGGAACAGCAUUUUCACCACAGUCCUUGAGAAAAAGAGUGGAGGGGAGGGGGGCAUCCUAGCAACAGCGCUCAGGACAGACAAACACACAGAGUCCUGAGCAUGUACAGUGUGCACAGGAUUAACCCUCAGUGUGUAUUAACAAACAUCACCCAGCUACCACCAGAUUGCUUCGUGCCUGUCGGAGAAGCCCACUCAGCCCUGUUCAACCCCCUCCGAUCCCCGCCCACAGGCACUGAAACCACAGCACCGAUACGGUGCCACAGUGUUUCCGAGCGGACACACAUUCACAUGCAAUAAAAAGCAAACUCUUUACAGGUGGAACGAGGACUCGGGUGAGAGCGUGCAGCCGGGUUUUGAUGCUGAGCAGUGAGGCGGGGAUGGGUGAGAGACGGUGUCAUUCAUAUACAAUCAAGUUAAAAGUCUUUGGUUAAUGUUGGUACCACAGGAGAGCAAGAGUGGGCUGUGACAGCACACCACCAUGGGGGCAGACAUGUACAUACCUGUACCUGGUCAUGGUGACAACAAAAAGAAAAAAAUUAAAAAACAGGAUUGUCAAAACUUAAAGAAGUGUUCAAACAGGGAGGGGUGCUCAAAAGUAACUGACUGUAAGGGAAUAUCAUAUAUUACAAUAAACUUUUUAUCUCAAGUCACAACAAACUGUGUCAAUUCAAUGCUAAAAUAUGUCAGCGUGCA